AUGGACCAGCAGGAGCAGGUGAGCGACGAUGUAUCUGCGCUUGAGAAGCGCAAGGGUGGUAGUGGCGGCGGCGGUGGUGGUCAUGCGGCAGGCGGUGGUGGAGCAGCUCGAGCAGGAUCAGCUGGAAGCGGAGGUUCUAAGCCGAGACCAGCCGGUCAUGACAGUGCCCCCAAGGAACCUGAUGGAGGCAAAGAAGGCGGCAGUCCCCCACCUGCACCGCCCCCACCAGCGCGGCCACCACCAGGCAACCAGGGUUCAAAUGCAGGCUCUCGUAACAAUGGAGGCCCUAACAAUGGCUCAGGCAACAAGGGAAUAGGAUUUGGAGCAGGGGCAGGGGCAGGAGCAGGAGCCGUCGCCGGAGCAGGAGCAGCAAGGCAUCGUCACAAUCACCAUGACACAAGCUCGUCAUGCUCCCAAGUGACAUCAACAUGCGAGGGAGCGUCUUGUAGCAGCGUUUCCGAUUCUUGCGCUCAAUCCACGUCUUCUAGCCAGACGCCCACCAAGACCUCUGCGAGACAGGCUGCGCCGACGUCGGAAUCCAAACCAACUAGUUCUGAUUCAUCUCAAGCUUCGUCCCCUCCACAAACGUCUCAGCCGUCCAGUGCCUCGAAACGCAUGGCUGUAUGGGCAUACUCGUUCGGAGUCAUUUUUAGUAUUAUCUCUUACUUCAUUCUCUAA